AUGUUUUCAGAAGAAGAAUUGCUCAGCAGAAUUGAGGAGCUAGAACUCACCAUUGACGAAAUAAGAGAUGAACAUGAACUCCAACUGGAGAAAAUAACGAAACAGCUGAAAGAAGAGGAAAAUAUAAGAAAAUAUGAGCUCAUCGAAAAGAAGAUCCACCGAGUAGCGAUGAUUUGUGAGAAAAAUAGGCAAGAUUACUGUCAGGCAAGAGAAAGCUACACACAAGAAAGAAAACGCGCAGAAGAGCUAGGCAAUCUUCUUUCUUUCAAAAUUAAAGAUCAAAAGAUCAAGGAGAAAGGAAGCUACAAGAUGUCCGAUUUCAAAUUCGUGUUCCAAAUGCUCAAGCAUUUGAGGGGGAAUCAAUGUUUUUCACCCGUUAAUAUUUCACAUGCGCUCGGAAUGGUGAUGCUUGGCACCACGGACGAGACCAGAGACGAGUUGGCAACUGUUCUCGGUCGAGGCGAUCAUGCUCAGACGCAUUCAGUCCUACAGAAGGCUCUUGACUCGAUGAAAUCUAAAGAAGUGGCUAACGUUGCUGCCAAACUCUUUAUCCAGCGAGGAUUUGAAGUCAAAACGCCAUUCCAAGACGCAUGCCUCGAAAAAUACGGUGCCGGAGCUGAGAAAGUCGAUUUCGCCGACCCAGAAGCAUCAGUUGGAACAAUUAACAAAUGGGUCGCUGGGGAGACAAAAGAAAUGAUCAAAGAUUUGCUUUCUGCUUCUGACGUCGAUGCGAACACCAUGAUUGCACUUUGCUCCGCUCUUCACUUCAAGGGAUCUUGGGAGAAUCCCUUCGAUGCUCCUUUUGAAGAUGACUUCCAUCUCUCUGAGAGCGAAACAGUUAAGACUCAGCUGAUGCAGAAAAAGCAUAAAUUUGCGUUCAACUACUCCGGAGAACUGGAAGCGCAAGUCGUCGAGCUUCCAUAUUCAAAUGGAGCUUCAAUGCUUCUCGUCGUCCCACAAUACAUUGGUGGACUCGACGGAAUCGAAGCAAAGAUCACUCCCGAAGUCGUCGAUGAUCUUGUCAAAAAUCUCGACAGAUCUGGCGGAGAUGAAGUUCUGGUGAAAAUGCCAAAGUUCGAGCUUGAAGUUGGCAUGAACUUGAAGGACACUCUUGAGAAAUGCGGACUCACGCGAAUCUUCAACCCCGAGGUGAACCCACUUUCUGAAAUGACGCACGCGGGACUUCACAUUGGCGCCGCCGUUCACAAAGUUAAAAUCAUCGUCGACGAGCAAGGAACAGAAGCUGCUGCUGCCACUGGGAUGAUCGGCAUGAUGAGAAUGAUGCCGAUGAUGCCAAUCCUAAUCGAAGCCAACAAACCAUUCCUAUUUUUCAUCCGAUACGAAGGAGAGACCGUUUUUGCUGGACGAUUCUCCUCGCCUAAUUAG